AUGACCGAGCCGGAGAUGGAGAUGGCUCUGAUCAGCUUGGACCUGGCUGACGAGCUGGGAGGUCAGGAGGAGGGGGAGCGAGGGUGGCACACACAGCAACAGCAUCGGAGCCGGUCUCGUCACAGCUGCACCAGCCUCUUCUCCACCUGGAGGAUGCUCCUGAGCAACGAGGGCAGCUUGGACUACAUGCUGAUCCUGGCAGAGCAGGAGCACAGCGAGGAGCUGAGCAAGCUGGAGCAAGAGGAGGGCGAGCAGAAGAUCAUGGUGAACAUCGCCGGGCUGCGCUUCGAGACCAGGCUCCGCACCUUCAGUCAGUUCCCUGACACCCUCCUGGGCAACCCCUACAAGAGGAUGAAGUUCUUCGACUGUGUGAGGAACGAAUACUUCUUCGAUCGCAACCGCCCCAGUUUCGACGGGAUCCUGUACUACUACCAGUCCAAGGGCAAGAUCCGGCGUCCGGCCAACGUGCCAUUGGACGUCUUUGCGGAAGAGAUCCACUUCUACGAGCUGGGCGCGGCGGUGAUGGAACAGUUCCGGGAGGGCGAGGGUUUCAUCAAAGAGGAAGAGGUCCAGUUACCGGUCAACCAGACCCACAAGCAGUUCUGGCUCCUCUUUGAGUACCCGGAGAGUUCUGGUGCUGCCAGAGGUGCUGCGCUGGUCUCCGUCUCCAUCAUUGUGGUGUCCAUCGUCAACUUCUGCCUGGAGACUCUCCCUGAAUUCCAGGACAACCGUGAGUUGAGAGAUUCCACCCAGCCUGCUAACUUGAGUCAGGCCCUGGAGUCCAGCUCCCAACAUAACAUCUUCAGUGACCCUUUCUUCCUGGUGGAGACCGCCUGCAUCUUCUGGUUCUUUGCAGAACUGUGUAUCAGGUUCGCUGCUUGCCCCAGCAAGCCCGAGUUCUUCAAGGCAAUCAUGAACAUCAUUGACCUGAUGUCCAUCAUCCCAUACUUUGUCACUCUCAUCACCGAACUGGUACAGGAACAACAAGAAGCCGAUGGACAGCAGCAGACCACGUCACUUACCAUCCUGAGGAUCAUCCGCCUUGUGCGAGUUUUCAGGAUCUUCAAGCUCUCCAGACACUCCAAGGGGCUGCAGAUCCUGGGGAAAACCCUGAAAGCCAGCCUGAAGGAGCUGGGGCUCCUUAUCUUCUUCCUCUUCAUCGGGGUCAUCCUCUUCUCUAGCGCCGUCUACUUUGCCGAGGUGGAUGAGCCGAACUCGCAGUUCUCCAGCAUCCCCGAUGGCUUCUGGUGGGCGGUGGUGACCAUGACCACAGUGGGCUAUGGGGACAUGUGCCCCAUCACUCUGGGGGGCAAGUUGGUGGGCAUGCUGUGCGCCAUCGCUGGGGUGUUAACCAUCGCCCUGCCCGUUCCUGUCAUAGUCUCCAACUUUAACUACUUCUACCACCGGGAUAGAGAGAAUAUGGAGAAGCAAUGCAUCACCAUUACUGAUGAGAAUGCCCCCCCACUGAGCGAGGGCUCAGUCACCCGUGACUGCAUCGUCUCCAUUAACAAGGUUGACGGAGUCUAUGUGGGCGGAGAGGAGGGGGCAGCCAUGUGGAAGGAAUGGCUCUGUGGCAGACGAACCUUCAACAUUCGCACUUUCCUCUCCCGCAAGACCUCCUGA